AGUGCUGUUUCGGGUGAGUUUGUGUGUAAUAAUGGAGACAGAUGCGGGUUAUGUGAGCGGUGGAGCGGAGCGCUUCUGUUACAUCACCCGAGUGCAGAGUUUCAGCGCCAGCCACCGACUGCACAGUAAAUCACUGAGUGAUGAAGAGAACAAGAGAAUAUUUGGAAAAUGCAACAAUCCCAAUGGCCAUGGGCACAACUACAGAGUUGAAGUUACAGUACGAGGAAAGAUUGACCCAAACACAGGGAUGGUGAUGAACCUCACUGAUCUUAAACAGUAUAUAGAGGAAGGAAUCAUGAAGCCACUUGACCACAAAAACCUGGAUCUGGAUGUACCAUACUUUGCUAACACCAUCAGCACAACUGAAAACCUGGCAGUGUGUAUCUGGGACAACAUGAUCAAGCUUCUUCCAUCGAACCUCCUCUAUGAGAUCAAGGUGCACGAGACGGACAAUAACAUUGUUGUAUAUCGAGGGGAGUAGAGCAGUUUGCGUGCUGAUGCCUGUUCAUUUCAGGCUGCAAACUGCAGAUCGUGUGUGUGUGUGAGAGAGGGAGGGAGGGCUUGUAAAUCACUUUAGGUUUCAUUAGAUUAGAGCGAGAGGAACACCUGCUAUGGCCUACACAGUACUGUAUGCUUUAGGAUUAGCGUAAGGCGCACAGUGAAUUUGGCUCAGCCCUUGACCAUGUGAGACUGAUCCUAUUAAACAUGGAGCUUAUGGCAGGUGAAAAACUUUUUUUUUUUCUAUUUGUCCCCAAAUUAAUGAACAGUCUUAACUUUGUUAUCCUUUGUCUGUUUUUUUUCCAUCUUGGCCAAAUAUUAGCCAGAGUUUGUCUGCUUUGGAACUAGGUUAUAGUAUAAAAUACAAUGUAAAUGUUAAACUUUUAUUUGCAUUAUUAGCUUAAAGUAAUUCGUAUUUGUGUUGUCAAAUUCAUUACAGAUAAAUAGAAGGGUUGCUCUCUCUCUCCCCCCCAUGCUGUCCUUCUCAUUACCACUAGGUGGCACAGUUGCAGUUUGUUUAAGGAAUCUAUAAAAAUCGCAGGGUUCUCCCUCUUCCUUGAUGUGUGUGAAACUGUAUGAAUAAAUCCAAUAAAGAUUUAAACCUAUUAUAGAGUGAAAUAAAUGUUUCUUUGUCA